GUAGAAAGCCGUUUCCAUUUGAUGUCUCGUCGAGCGUUUAUUGUGAUGCAGUAGCAAUUUACAACAAAAACAACAGGGAAACACUCCAGUGAUGGCAGCCAAAAACGCUAAAGAAACGAUCGCCAACAAGAUUGGGCUAAAGCUGACAGGGUCGAAGGCUGAAAUAGAAGUUGAAAAACUCAAAAAGGAAAAUGCACUCCUGAAAAAGACAUUGGAUGAAAUGGCCAAUCGAAAAGGAAAGCUAACCGAUUCAGAUAAAAACAAGCUUUUAGAGAGAAUUCUUUCUCUUGAGACUUUGCGUGAGAAAAACUCCCAGCAACUCUUGGCCAAGGAUCAGGAAAUAGCAAAACUGAGACAGCAGCUUCGAUCAGAAGGUGGUGAGAUUGUAGCCUCACUACAAUCCCAGCUGGACCAAAAAACCAAGGAGGCAGAGAGGAGAGAGAAACUUGUUCAGUCUCUCUCAGAGGAGACUAAAAAUGUGAAAAACAAGUUGGUCGCUGUUUCUGCCAGAUGCCAGGAGCUUGAAAACAGAUUUGGUAAACAGGAUCCGGGUGUCCAGAGCACAAAGACUGAUGGCCAGGUCCCUCCCACUGAUGUUGCUACGAUCCAGGAACACUUGCGUGAUGCUCUGGAGAAGAACCAGCAGUGGCUCGUUUACGACCAGCAGCGAGAGGCCUAUGUCAAGGCAGUCCUGGCAAGGACACUUGAGCUGGAGCAGCAAUUAAACCAAGCCAACCAUGCACUCCAACAGCAACACAAAGAGGGCAAUUCAGAGGAGGAAAAGUCUGGCCAAAUGCAAGCGCAUUACGACAAGCUUUUGCUAACCGCCAAAAAGGAUCUGGAAUGGCAGAAGGAGCAGGUGGCCCAGGCGCGGGGAGAGGCCGCCGAUUUUAGGAGGAAGUACGAGGACAAGCUGAACGAGCUGGAGGAAGUGAGACAGGAGCUCCACGGAGAGCGAAUGAGCGGCAGGAAGUGUGUGGAGGAGGAGAGGAAGAGCUCGGCGGAGAGGGGCGAGCGGCUGAGGGCCGAGCUGGAGAGCGUCGACGCCAGACUGGCGGAGGAGAGGAAGCGCUCGGCCGACCUUCUUUUGCAGGUGAAUCUGCUUCAGAAAUCUCUGUUAAAUCAGCAUGAGGGACAGAAGAGAAUUGCCGCAUUGGAGCAGCAGAUCCAGAUGUCUGCCAAAGAGUUUGAGAAUGAAAAACUUGACCGUCAGAGUUUACAGCACCAGUUGCAAAAAGUUCUGAAAGAACUGCGUAAAGCAAGAGAGCAAAUAACAAAACUGGAGUCAGGCAAACAGCCGAAGGAAUCCCGCUUUUCUGAACCGACGUCCUACGACAGACUACAGUUUGAGAGGCUAUCGAUUGACGAUCCUGUGUUGAGCCACACGUCACCUUCCAGAAUCCCGAACCUUCUGGACGAGAGUUUCCUUGAGUGUCCAGAGUGCAGAACCCAGUAUCCCACCAGUCAGCAUCGGGAAUUGCUUGCACACAUCGACUACUGUAUGUCUGCUUCUAUGAAAUAAGGGACGAGAACAUCUGUUUUGCCUUUACUUAAUUUGGGAUGCUUUUAUUUAGGCGUUUAUAUAUAUAUAUAUGUAUGGUGCAAAAAGUGGCAAUCUACUGAUUCAUUUGCGACACCUUAAAGGCCUCAUCUAUCCAUUUUGCCCAUUGUUUUCACAGCUGUGUCAUCCUGUACAUUUAAAU